UCGAUUUGUCAACCUUAAACCAAUUUCUAGGGCUUCGGUGACAUUCAAAAGGGGCAAAACAAUAAAAUUUUUACACCAUUUUCAGAGGAAUAUUUAUUUACUUUGAAGUAGAAAAUGGCUUCUUCUUCUCCUCCUUCAAAACGCAGGCGUACUAACCAGGGGAAGGACGACGCAGGUGACACGUCAUCACCACCAUCAUCGACCCUGGAGCAAUUAUCCCCUGUGGUGGUCUUCGCUCAUGGUGCUGGUGCUCCUUCUUCUUCUGAUUGGAUGAUAAGAUGGAAAACUAUGCUGGGCAAAGCACUGCAUGCUGUUGAAGUGGUUACCUUUGACUACCCAUACAUGUCUGGUGGGAAACGGAGGGCACCUCCCAAGGCAGAAAAAUUGGUUGAGUUUCACUCUGUUGUUGUCAAGGAGGCUGUUGCUAAGUACCCUGGCCAUCCGCUGAUUUUGGCAGGGAAAUCCAUGGGUUCAAGAGUCAGCUGCAUGGUAGCUUGCAAGGACGAUAUUUGUGCUUCAGCAAUAGUUUGCUUGGGAUAUCCACUAAAGGGUAUUAAUGGAGCAGUGAGAGAUGAUGUUCUGUUGCAACUUACAGUUCCUGUAAUGUUUGUCCAGGGUAGCAAAGACGCACUUUGUCCUCUGGAAAAACUGGAAUCUACUCGUAAGAAAAUGAAAUCCUUAACCAGCUUACAUGUGAUUAAUGGUGGUGACCACUCCUUCAAGGUUGCGAAGAAGCACCUGCAAACCAAUGGAUCAACCCAAGAUGAAGCUGAAGAUUUUGCGAUUCAGGCAAUCACUGCCUUUUUGUCAAGGUCUCUCUAGCAGGAAGGACAUGUCUUUGAUACACAGGACUUUUUGAAAUUGUCAGCUGCAUGGUAGCUUCCAAGGACAAGCGCGGGAAUCAAUUUGGACAGGCGCUUCAGCAGAUGGUGACCCAGGUGAUCAAACAAUCUGAAAAAGACUGACAUUGUUGAACUUUGUUUAGGAAUUAUUUGCAAAAAUAUUCCAUUUCAGACUAAUAAUUCCCUAGGUAUGGUAUAAUUCUCAACAAUGCAGUUACAUUACAUUGUUAGAUGGCAGAGAUCAGCGGCAAGGUAUACUUGUAAUUGGUGCCACAAACAAGCAAAUGGAAUUAUGCUAAUGUAUUUUAGCAAUUUUCUUUAAUUAGAUGUUAGAAAAUAAUCUCCAACCUUAAUAUUUUUUGCAGAAUCGAUCAGAUGGAUUUUUUUGCAGAAUUGAUCAGAUGGAUGAGGCACUUUUGUGGCCGGACAGGCUUUGCAAACGUAUUUUUGUGCCUCUGCCAAGUCCAGAUGAUUGGGGAGUGAUCUUAAGUGCUCUUGCGAAAGUGAGGCCUAUAGAUCCAAGUGUGAAUUUGAAUGACAUUGGACGAAUGGGGGCUUGUGAGAAUUUUAGUGUGGCUGAUUUAAAAUUUUUGGUUGGUUUUGUUAGUUAUUUAAAACAACAUAUUUGCAAGUGCCAAAAUCACUCAAGUAUGCUUAGCGUAUAUCAGUUUGACAAGUUAAAAAUAGGGACCAAGAAAACUUAACAGUGACCUGCAGAGGUUGAACCGGAGGCCAUUUGGCUUUCAAUGGUUGAUUCCACAAUCUGCUAGUAAAUAAAUGUACAGAAAGUAUACCCUGAACACAUACCCUUUCUUCCCUGUCUGUAUAUUUCACAUCAAUUGCCUUAGCCAGUGCAUAUAUAUACGAGUUUCUGGCUUGACUCCAACCAGCACACAUGGCUAUCACCCUUCUCAACUAGAAUACUAGCCUAAUUAGUUGUCCGCAAUAUGGAAUUAACACACAAGCUACCAACAGCGCAGGGUUUAACCCAAAAGAGACGGGUGUAAAGCCCAUCUGUUCAAACCACCGUUUAAUUUAUAAAUACAUUAUUAUUUUAUUUCAACAUAUAUUAAUGUAAACAUAAUAUAAUAAUAGUAAAAUAAUGUGGUUUAGUAUGCUGGGCUCUGUAAUUGUAUUAAGGAGAUACUACACAAUACAGUGCACCUCGGUCCCAUAGGUGACCAAGGUAAUAAUAAAAGGAUUGUGCUUAUAGGCCUUUAUUCAGUAAAUAGUAAAACAUCGUGUUUAACCCAUCACUGGACACAAAGAAAGAAUAGGUAAAUGGGUGACAUGAUUAUAGUUAGUCCACGGUUCAAAAUUUCAACAAAUAUUAAAUGUUUGUCUUCAAUAGAUCUAACACAGAUACAUUUGCCUGGUGGUAUAACAUUAUAAAUCACGGUUGACGAUCACAGUUGACGAUUACACUAUUUGGGAUAUCAUUAUAUACAAAGAUGAACAUAACUGCUUCAUUGACAACCCUUAAACAGAAGGUCUAGCAACAUCAAGUGUCUCUAUUAGAGGAUGGGCCCAUGGGACCCACGUCCACCUAAGAGUGGAGUUUGGUACUCCGGAAAUAGGUGAAUCUUUUUCCUCUAAGAAAAGCUUGACUAGUACACUUCCUCUCAAUCAUCCUCUAGAUUCCUUAUCAGAGCUGGUUUGCUUUUCAACUGAUGUCAGUUUCUGUAGCUUUUUCCGCUGUGGAAAAUCUAGAGAGCUUGAGGUGCAAGUUUUCUUCUUCCACAAUUUGAUAUCAAUCUCUCUAAUCUCUUUCCCCUUCUCCCAGGUCAGCAACCACCCUGAACCUCUCGGCCUCCAGCAGCCCCAACCAUCGUCGUCCUUCAAAUCUG